AUGCAGCGCUUCUUUGGUUUACCCCCAAGUGGAGAGCUAAAGGAGACCCUAGCAGUGAUGAAGAGGCCGCGCUGUGGUCUUUCAGAUGUGGAACGAUUUGAAGAGACAAUUCGCUGGAAGAGGAACACACUCAGCUACAGGAUCGCUGGCUUUAACUCCUCCAUCCCCGCCUCAAAGGUACACAAAGUGUUCAGGGCAGCAUGGAAGAUCUGGUCCAAUGUUGCGCCUAUGAAAUUUCGUAAGAGGAGCAGGAAGGAGGCUGACAUCGUCAUCUCCUUCCACAAUGGAGAUCACAGGGAUGGCUCGCCUUUUGAUGGUAGAGGAGGAAUCCUGGCUCACGCCUUUCUGCCUGGCUCUGGUAUUGGAGACGUUCACUUUGAUGGUGAUGAAGACUGGAGCUUUAAUGCUACGGGUUUUAAUCUGUUGGUUGUAGCCGUCCAUGAGUUCGGACAUGCACUUGGUCUGCCCCACUCGUCCGACCCCGGAGCGAUCAUGUACCCUUCAUACAACUUUGCCCCAACUCAUGAGCUCCUACUCUCCUUCCAUGAUGUCAAAGAUGUCCAACACAUGUACGGUGGGUGCAGUCCCAAAUAUGCUUCACUCUUCUCAAAAAAUCCUCCUCCAAGAACGCCUAAUAUUGAUCCAGAUUUGUCCUUCGAUGCUACUUCAGAGUUACAGCAAGAGGUCCUCUCAUUUCUCGAUCGAUUUAUGUGGCGCAAACAUCCAAAGUUUGAUGAGACAUCAAUCACCCUGAUCAGCAGUCUGUGGCCGGACAGCGUACCUCCUAACCUGGACGCUGUCUAUGAGAGCGUGGGCAGGAAUAUUAUCUUGUUUUUUCAAGGUCACCAGUAUUGGACUUUGAGGCAGCUAAAACUUGAGGAGGGCUUUCCCCGCAACAUCUCAGACUUUGGCUUCCCCUUCAGGAUCAAAUCUGUGGAUGCUGCUCUUCACUUCAGAAAUGAACGCUACACAGUGUUUUUCACGGGCCAUGAGUGUUGGAGGUAUGAUGAGCUGCAGAAGAAAAUGGAGGGACCACCAAAGCCCAUAACAGAGCUGUGGCCAGUACCAACUCCAGUGGACGCAGCUGUUUUCUAUGAAGGAUUUGUUCACUUCUUCAAAGGAAACACUCACUACAAAUAUGACUCCAACUUAAAACGUGUUGUCUCCACUGGACCUCUCAACGAGCAGCUGGACUGCAGACAGACGGAGGAGACGGAGGACAAUGAGACACUGGCUGGGAGGAGAUAAGUGACUGAAAACACUCCAUGCAGUCUGAUGACAACAUAACUUCUGUUUUUCUGCUGUUCGUAUACACUCAGUGUUUCAAGACUAUACAUUAGUAAUAACCACAAUCUGACAAGGAACACUGUGGGAACGGAUGCAUACAGGGAAGUGUUUAAAAGGUUACAUCAAUGUGUCAUACAUGUUGAAAUAAUGGCAUUUCUUCCUUUGUUUGAAACAAAUUUUAGUUUAUCUGAUAUUUUAAUUAUUUGUUUUGAUUGUUUUUUAUAUUUUCUGCAAAACCUAUGUGCUUUUUUAAACCUUAUGUUCACAUAUAUUGCAUAGCAAGACAUGUUGAUCUCAUUAACAUUUUUUUCCCCCUUUAUAUGCACAGUAUGUCUGACAUUUUGAGAAAAGUUGAAUAAUAAAUUCACUCCUGCAUCACCAUUGUUAUUUAAUACACACUGGUUUGUGAUGUGAAAUAGCUGCUUUGUUUAUUUCCCCGUAAUUUCCCCUCAGAGAGAUCUAUGUCUAAGCGCUGUGUGAGUGAAGAGGACAAUGAUGAAGAAGUUGCUCUCACUGUGGAUCAAAAUGAAAACGAUCAGAGAGGUUAGGAGGUCAGUGGCGGUUCUGGUGAGGGGCCAAUAGAGGCCAGAACCUGGACCCCCCUGUGCCCCCCCCCCUCCACACCAAACAAAUAUUAUACAAUGAA